AUGUCUCUGUCUAUGUUUCGUUCGCCUCAAGAUGACUCGUCUUCCGAGUCGAGUUAUAUAUCUUCAGAAGGAGAUCAGGAGACCGCCCACAGACCCGAGCAGAGUGGCGACUCCAGCUCUACCAGGAACGUUGAACCCGUCAGCAGCGUUGAGGCUGAGCCUUCAGCCAGAGAGAUAUUAGGAGGAGACUCUCUGUACGGGGACCUCGGGUUCCGCGAUAUCCCAGAUGUGGAUGCCGAAGGCCAUGCUGCUCUUAUGACUGCUGCUCUCCUUGAACACUACUGUCUCACCAAAGCCUGUGGGAUCCUGAAUGAGCAGUCAGGGAGUCGUGGACAGUUCACACAUGAUUCCCCAGAGGUCAAACUGCUGGGACGACGCCUCUAUACGUACAAAUCCAAGUUUCUAUCAUCUCAUGGCAUCGUUGCUCCCGGGGUCGACAAUGAUACCUGGGAGAGCACGAGGCAGUAUUAUAGGGAAGGACUUGAUACGAUUGGCAUGGCCGCAUUGGAUGGGAUAAAUCUGAGUCCCAGGAAGACUGUACGAGCUUCCCGAGAAGAUCCAUUCAAGGCUCUUGAUGCACAAGAUCACCCAGCGGUGGAAGAUACGACCAGCAAUAGGGUUAUUAGAAUGAAACAAUCGACCAACAUCGAUCUCCAACGGCUGAUAACCGGAGGAGCAGAUGUUCCAUCAAAUCAAAACCAGUUCGCUCCAGGGAUUCUGGACCGUCUACAGCGUCAAAGCACCCCGCUUGCACGACCUAUCAGCAUACCAUUUCUAUACUCUCACCCAUCCGGGAUAGGAGGCUCCCGAUAUGCAACUGAGUUUGAAGAAGAGGCAUUGAUAGGGAGAGGCUCAUAUGGCGUGGUAUAUAGGGUCAGGCACCAUGUUGAUGGACAGGGAUAUGCUGUCAAGAAAAUACCACUAAGCUCUAGGAAACUGCAGCAGUUGCAAGAGAGGGGGUUGAAGGAAGUUGACAACAUAUUAAAGGAGAUUAGAACGUUGGCAAAGUUAGAACAUAUUAACGUCGUUCGUUACUAUGGCGCGUGGGCAGAAUACUCACCUACACCCGUCGCCUCGCGUUCAUCUUCUCCGCCGAAGCGACAGCAAACGUUACUUAAUCAGCCUUAUAGUGAGUACGACGGAGGUACGUCCAGCUGCGGGAUUGUAUUCGAAGAGUCGGACAAUGGUAUUAUUUUCGGUGAACCCACUGCUUCAUCACAAGCAGAGCCGCACGAGGAAGAGUCUGAACCUUCGAUGGAUAGGUUAUCUGUUGGCGACCAUGACCGACGGAGAAGUAGCUUCGCAACAGUAUCCUCAGAUCGAUCUAGAAAGUCAUUUGCGGCUAGUGUUGAAGAAGAUGAAACCGAUACGAAUGACGACGACCACGUCGAAUCUAUACCCCGCCAGCUCAGCUUUACAUAUUCGGGCCAGAGUUCUGUCAGUGAAUCUGGUGCUGAUAUAUUUAGUGACGGGCUGGGAGGGGGCGGGUCAAACAUGCAACUUGAUAGGAAAACUAGAGCCGACACUUCCGCCCCGGUUAUUCUACACAUUCAAAUGUCACUCCAUCCACUAAGCCUUGCGAAGUACCUGUCUCCGCAAGCAGAUAGUGGCUCGACGAACGUCAAUCGCCAUUGCUACCACAUUGUCCCAUCCAUCAAGUUACUUCUCGGAAUACUGUCAGGGGUAGACUACCUUCAUGCAAAGGGAAUAGUGCAUAGGGAUUUAAAACCUGCAAACGUGUUUUUAUCUCCCUCCGAUACGGAAAAGGAUACAUGCAUGUGUCCAAUCUGUGACCACCAUGGACAAGAUGACAAAGCCUAUUAUACCAUUCCUCGGAUUGGCGAUUUUGGCCUGGUAGCUGAAUCACCAACGUACGGGAAGAAUGAAGUGCCAGAGACUACUCCCAAAGCUAUACGCCCGGUUGGAACUGAGUUCUACCGCCCACCACCUCAUUCCUUCCAUACACAAGCCACCGGUCCGCAUCCGCAUACAGACAAUUCACUUGACAUAUACGCUCUCGGUGUCAUUCUUUUCGAGCUAUUAUAUAAGAUUGAUACUCGAAUGGAACGACAGAUGGUACUAUCAAACUUGACCUGCUCUCCCAAUAGCUUACCCCAAUUUGGAGCAUCGAUGUCUCCUGAGAAAGAUACCACUUUAUUCCCGGCGCUGCCAUCUGACUUUACAGAGAAAAUCCUUCGUAACUGCAUCCAUCAGAGACGCUUUAAGGACGUUAGUGACGAUAACGACGGUGAUCAUGCAAUUCUUACUGCGAAAAACAUUGCGAAACGUUUGGCAUUAUGCAUCACAGGAAUGGUGGAACUGGAUAUUCAACGUCGAUCGACGUGCAAGAUAGUUCGAGAAGAGUUGGAAGAAAUAUGUGACUUGGCUGAGCGGAUAUUGAAGGGAGAAUGA